AUGUCUUCCACAUCGGUUAAGAUCAUCCAACAAUUCGAAGAAAAAAUAACAGCAAACAAGCGCGUUCAAUCUUUAGAGCGUGUCAUAGUAGAUUCUAAUUCCCUAUACAUUUGUCAGUUUUGCGAAAAAGUUUUCGCGGAAGAAAAACAGAUACGAGUACACUUAAGAGAGCAUAAGCCAUUUGGUUGCGCGGUUUGCCAGAAACAAUUCGACAGGCCGUAUUACUUACAGAGACAUAUAAAAACUCAUUCCGGUAUAAAACCUUACGCGUGUCACAUUUGUGAGAAAAAAUUCGGUGAGGCGCGACUUCUGAAGCAACAUUUGGUGACGCACACGGACGAAAAACCGUACGAAUGUGACGUGUGCCAUCAUAGAUUUCAUAAAAAGUCUAACUUGAAAAAGCAUAUAACGAAACAUACCGGCGAGAAACCUUACGAAUGUGACGUUUGUCAUCGCAGAUUCCGAGAAAAAUUCCCGUUUCAGAUACAUUUAAGAAUGCAUACGGGCGAGAAACCUUUUCAAUGUGAUUAUUGCGGUAAAAGGUUUCGUUCGAAUAACGAAUUGCAAGUGCAUUUACGGACGCACACGGGGAGCGGUGGGGCGAAGUCUAGCGAGGGGAAAAAGGUAGUGAAAAGAGAAAGAAGCGACCAACCCGGGAGAUUAUAUGAAUGUGACGUUUGCUAUCGUACGUUCAGUAUAAAAGCUAAUAUGAAAACGCAUCGCAGAACUCAUACGGGUGAGAAACCUUAUCAGUGUGCUGUUUGUCAACGUACAUUUGCCGCGAGUUACACAUUAGAUAGGCAUUUUAAAACGCACACGGGCGAGAAAUCGCAUGAGUGUGACAUUUGUCAUCGUAAGUUUACUAUGAAACAACAUCUCAAGGCGCAUUUAAGAAUGCACACUGGCGAAAAGCCGUAUGAAUGUAGUAUAUGCCAACGUCGUAUUAGAGCGAGGUAUACGCUAGAUGUUCACAUGAGAACGCACACAGGUGAGAAACCAUUCGAAUGUACAAUUUGUCAACGUAAAUUUGCGUUAAAACAAACGUUGGACAGUCAUUUGAAAACGCACAAUAAUGAGAAACGUGCUCAUUGACGCGUUUAUGUCCUCGGUGUGUCUUAAGAGUCGCUUGCACGGUAAAAUUUUCAAACGAUGUAGUUUCGCUUACGUUUUCAAUGGUUUGUAUUUCGAUUUUGCCAUAGUAAAUAAGUCAUAUAAUUCCACGGGUUAUAAUUCUAGAGUAAAUAAAUUAA